AAUGAAUCUGAUGAGCCCUCAGAAUGUUCAAGUUGAUGUUGUAAACACAAAUUUCACUCUAAGAUGGAGCUGGGGUAGUGAGAAUGACUUCAGUGUGACAUUUUCAGCUCAGUACCAACGAACAUUUGAGGAUUUUGGGAAAGAAGAAACAACAGAUUGGAAAGAGCUAUCUGGCUGUCAGAAUGUCACUGUCACAGAAUGUGACUUCUCCUCGGCAAUGACAGCUUAUUUAGAUUCUUAUAAUGUGCGUAUAAGAGCUGAAAGAGGGGAAGAAAAAUCUCUGUGGUCUACUAUAUCAUUUAUACCAGAUUUAAUAGCUAAAAUUGGUCCUCCAGGAGUGCAGUUAGAAUCCAUAGAUGGAGUGGUGAAAAUCAACAUUUCCCCUCCAGAAGAAAAUCAGAACAGAAAAAUGUGGAGAAAUGAUAAACGUUUUACCUACAAUGCAAUGUUCUGGGAAAACUCAUCAAAUACAGAGCCAAAAAGCAAAACUAUUAAUCGCAGAGACACAAUUUAUGAUCUUGCACCAAAGACUACUUACUGUCUGAAGGUUCAAGCACGCAUAAUUUCUGAAAGAAAAGUAGGUUCCUUCAGUCCAGUGUACUGCAUUAAAACUACAGAUAAAGCGUGGAAUGUGCUACCUUAUCCAAUGAAUGUGGAAGUUCAUGCUUUGAACAUGAAGUUUCUUCUAUCCUGGGAUAAUCAAUAUGAUCAAAACGUGAGCUUUACAGUACAAUAUCUCAGUGGAUAUUUAAAGAGACUUCCUGAAGACUAUUCAGAUAAAUGGAUCACUGUUUCUGGAUGUGAAAACAUUACUACUACACAGUGUGACUUCUCAUCUGACAUAGUCAUUAGUGGAAUUUACUUUCUCCGAGUACAGGCUAUGAAUGGAUAUAAUAAAUCACGUUGGUCUAAUGAAAUAAAAGUGGAUCCUUGUGUAGUAAAUGAAAUUGGCCCUCCAAGCGUAACAGUAAGCUCUAGUAAGGAUUCGCUUCGUAUCCAUCUCACUCCUCCAGGAGAGUCUGAAAAUAAGUCCAUGAGUGAAUUUUAUGACUUAUCUUACCGUGUUCUGUACUGGAAAAAUUCUUCAGAUACUGAGGAGAAAAUCAAAGAAGAACAGUUGUUAUUCACAAUCUCUGACUUGACACCCUUGGUUUUGUACUGUUUGAAAGUACAAGCAUUUUCACCAGCAUAUAAAAAAGAUGGUCAUUUUAGUGAUGUGGCAUGUAUUAAAACGCUUAAUGAUAAAACUUCACCUCUGACUAUUUUGAAAACCUUUGUAAUCGCCAUGAUUGCCUUUUUCCUUUUUGCAUCAUUUUUGAUUUUUGGUAUAUAUUAUAUAUCUAGAUGGAUCAGAUAUGCGUUCUUUCCAUCAUACAAACCUCCUUCAAACAUAGAGUGCCUUGGUGGACAACCUUUCAACAGUCCGUAUCUGUCAACUUCAGAGGAGCCAACAGAAAAUUGUUGUAUAAUUGAGAAUAUUGUUAUAGAGGAAACAGAUCAAACUGAUUUUAAAGACUACAAACACUCUAAACAGAGCACUCGAGAUUCAGGAAAUUAUUCUAAUGAUGAUGAUACUUCUGGAACUAAAGUGUUAGAAGAAACGCUAGAACAAGAAACAGCAUAACUAAAAAUAACCUCAAACUUGAGACUGGCAGCCUAACUAGCAUUUUGCUGUUCUCAUUACAUAUGAAAGAGUCUUUGCCUGACAAGGGCAGGCUGAUGUCAGACUGUUGAUCCUAAAGUUUCUAGUUUUGCUUUUAAGUAUUGCAAAAUUACUUAAAUGUGAGGAACAAAUAUUACUACUGCUCCUCCAGAAAAAGGAUAUU